AUGGGCGAGCCAAUUCGUGAUGAUCCGAUCAGCACCAAACUUACUCCGAGCAAGAGAGCUCUGGAGGUCGAUGACCCAUUUCAGCCUUACAAAAUCGAGAAAUACGACGAUGGACUGAGGUACGACACCCUACAGGUCCACGGAGGGCAUAGACCGGACAAAGAAACACACGCUCGAGCUGUGCCAAUCUACAACAGCGUGUCUUUCAUCUUUACCGACAGCAAUCAUGCGAAGCGGGUUUGUGCCAUGGAGGGAGCGGGCUACUUCUACAGCAGGAUUUCCAACCCCACUGUCGCUGUCUUUGAGAAGAGAGCCGCCGCUCUCGAGGGGGGUACCGCAGCUGUAGCCACGGCAUCCGGACAAGCCGCAAUUUUCAACACCAUCAUCUGUCUUGCUGGGGCUGGUGACAAUGUUGUGGCAUCGAUAAAUCUGUACGGCGGCACCUACAGUCUCUUCAAAACGCUUCUUCCUCGGCUGGGCAUUUCAGUUAAAUGGGCCAAGAAGGAAACCAGAGAAGAGUUUGCUAAACAUAUUGACGAUAAGACCAAAAUGAUAUUCGUCGAGAGCAUUGGAAACCCCAGAUGCAGCAUCCCGGACAUGAGAGACCUCGCAGACUUAGCCCACGAGAACAAUGUGCCCUUCGUUGUUGACAACACCUUUGGAGCAUGCGGCGUUUGGUGCAAGCCAAUCGACUUUGGGGCCGACAUCAUCCUACAUUCUGCGACGAAGUGGAUGGGCGGCCAUGGCACCACAGUAGGCGGCGUAAUCAUCGAUUGCGGCACAUUUGACUGGGGUAAGGCUGGUGAGCGUUUCCCCCGAAUGAUCAAAAAGGAAGGCCCCAUGAGCUUCUCAUAUUGGAAAGCUUUCGGUACCAUCACUUUCGCCAUGGCAAUGAGAAUCGACAUCUUGAUGGAAGUCGGUUCCACGCUGGCUCCGGCAUCAGCACAGCAGCUGCUCAUCGGGAUGGAAACUCUGAGCUUGAGAUGUGAAAAACAUGCCAAGAACACCAUUGAGAUCGCUCGAUUUCUCGAAGCUCACCCACGGGUCGCGUGGGUCAACUACCCAGGGCUUGAGAAGAACCAGUACCAUCAGAACGCCAAGAAGUACCUGAAGAACGGUUAUGGAGGUGUACUUGCCUUCGGCCCCAAGGGCGGCGAUGUUGCUAGCAAGAUGCUGAUGAAUUACGUGCGAGUUAUCUCCCACCAGACGAAUGUUGGAGAUUCCAAGACAUUGGCCACUCAUCCGUGGAAUUCAACACAUGUAAUCAUGCCGGAGAAGGACCGACGAGAGGCUGGAAUCACUCCUGCAUUCAUUCGAUUUUCCGUUGGUACUGAGGAUGUGAGAGACAUCAUCGAGGAUCUCGACCAGGCAUUGGCAAAGUUGCCGGAUGACAUUGUGAAUGCACAUGACGAGAAACUGGAGGCCAAGAUAACCUCGGCGGGUGCUGAGGCGAAUUACGUCGACUUGGAGACAAACGGCAAACUUGACUUCGCUGAUGCCGAUGUAUCUUUGUCCAAGGCUAACGUGCCGUUGGGUCGUCAGACGGAUGUUGGAAACUGGUGA